AUGAUGCUCGUAGUCGAGUUUAUGGACCAAGGCGAUUUGAGGAGUAAACUCGAAUCGACGACGCCAGACACAUUUUCAGUUGAAGACAAACUGAACUGCGCCUUGAGUGUCAUGGAAGGGCUCGUGUAUUUGCAUACCCUGGACAAGUCCAUCAUCCAUCGGGACAUCAAGUCGCGCAACGUACUGUUAGACAGCCAAAAGGGCACCAAAUUGACGGAUUUUGGUGUCUCCCGUGAAAGCACAUCGGAAACCAUGACCAUUGGCAUUGGCACGUAUCGGUGGAUGGCGCCCGAGAUCCUCAGCGACAGCCAUUACACGCAAGCGGCCGAUAUUUAUUCGUUCGGGGUGAUCUUGUCAGAACUGGACAUGCACAUUGUACCGUACAGUGACCAAGUGACAACCAAAGGCAACCCAAUCAACGACACUUCCAUCAUGGGGCGAGUCAUGCAGGGCACCAUCCAGCCGACGUUUUCCGCGCUGUUUCCGCCGGCGUUGCUCGAGUUGGCCAAGGAAUGUCUGGCAUUCGACCCAGAAGUCCGCCCCACAGCGCUGGCAGUGGCGUACCGCCUCGGCCAAAUCCGAAAGAUGUGGCGCCAGUCGACUACCUCUGGGUUUGUGUGACAAGGUUGAGAGUAAUAAUAGCCUGGCUAAAAAAGCAAUAUGAAAAGUCCGU